CUCACUCUGAAGUAAACAAAGAGCUCACAUGGACGGCCAAUAUGGCUUCAGUUAAGAAGCAUAAUAUUACUCAAUAAAAAAAGCGAGGGACGCAAACACAAUAAAACGGUCUACAGAACGAUUUGUUAUAUUUCCAAGUAUCAAGUGUUCGACAAAACCUCUGCGGCAGAAUGAGUAAUAUUUACAUCCAAGAACCUCCAUCGAAUGGAAAGGUGCUGCUGAAGACCUCGGCGGGCGACAUUGACAUCGAGUUGUGGUCCAAGGAGGCUCCUAAAGCCUGCAGGAACUUUGUGCAGUUGUCCCUGGAAGGUUACUACGAUGGAACGGUGUUCCACCGAGUGGUGCCUGAGUUCAUAGUUCAGGGGGGAGAUCCCACUGGGACGGGAACGGGUGGGGAGUCCAUAUACGGUCGUCCAUUCAAGGAUGAAUUUCACUCCAGACUGCGCUUCAACCGGAGAGGUUUGGUUGCCAUGGCGAACGCCGGCCCACAUGACAACGGCAGUCAGUUUUUCUUCACUUUGGGACGCGCGGAUGAGCUCAACAACAAACACACCAUCUUCGGAAAGGUCACAGGAGACACGGUCUACAACAUGCUCCGACUGGCAGACGUCGAGUGCAACAACGAGGAAAGACCUUUGAAUCCCCACAAGAUCAAAACGGCAGAGGUGCUUCACUCUCCGUUUGAUGACAUCAUACCUCGUGAAACCAAGAAAACCAAGAGGGAAAAGGACAAAGAGGAGGGAAAGAAAUCACAGUCAAGAGCCACAAAGAACUUCAGCCUGUUGUCUUUUGGAGAAGAAGCUGAAGAGGAGGAGGAGAUGGUGAAUCAAGUGAGCCAGACGCUGAGGGGAAAAAGCAAAAGCAGCCACGACCUUCUGAAAGACGACCCCCAGCUGAGCUCUGUCCCCGCGGUCAACAAGAAGAAGAAGAAGAAGACGACAGGAGACUCCGCCGAGGCAGACGACGCGGCAGACGGCGACGUUGAAGACGACGAGGAACGGGAGGAGGAGGACGACGACUCCGACGAGAGGGAGCGGAGGAGGGAGCUCGUCAGCAACAAGCUGAAGAAAUACAGAGAGGCCGACAAGGCGUCAGAGGAAGAGCAGCCGGAGAAGAAGAGCAGCCGCAGUGAUGAGCUGAGGAAAGAGUCGCGGCAGCUCAAGAAGGAACUACAGGCCAUAAAGCAGAGGAAAGAAGAAGGCCCCAAACCCCCAGCAGAAGAAGACCAGGAGGCGGACGAGAAGCCCCCCAACGAGGCGGUGGCUGAAUACCUGGAGGGACGGAAGAAGUACGAAGAGCAGCGGAAACAGAAGCUGAAGAAAGGCUCCACCAGGGAGCAGCAGACUCUGGCCCUCCUCAACCAAUUCAAGUCCAAGCUGUCUUCAGCCAUCACCGAGGAGGCUCCCGAGGACGCCGUGGAGGAGCUGGCCGAGGACGACGACAAAGGAUGGAUGGGCCACGUUCUGCAGUUCGACGAGCAGAGCAGGAAAGUCAAGGACGCCGCCGCGCCGGACGAGGACACGUUCGAGAUCUACGACCCCCGGAACCCCGUCAACAAGCGCCGGAGGGAGGAGAGCAAGAAGAUCCUGAAGGAGAAGAAGGCCAGGACGUCGGGCGCCUCCCAGGACAUGUGAGCUGCGGUCCCACGAGGCCUUCAAUCCUCGUAGUGUUACGUAUGCUUAAAUGUCAACUCACUAAUAAAGAGCAAUUUUAGACA